CGACGAAGAAGCUGGCGCGAUGAUCAGUUGCCGCAGGAGCCAGCCUGUCGAAGUGUACAGCCAACUAACAGGGAAGAAGACGGCAGAAGUUCGCGGUUCUCGGAAGGGCCGGGGAAGGAAGGACUUGAAUUGCUUAAGAAAGGAGAAGGAGAGGGGUAGAUAACGAAGGCAUUGAAUGAAAGUGGUCAGACACGCUGGGAUGGGAGAAAUCCAAUGAACGAGAGAAGGGCGGCAGAGGGGAACAGAAGGCGGCGUGAAAUUGGCGCUAAUCUUUGCGGGAGAGAAGACAAGACGGCCUUUUAAUGACAAGCGAAGCAUUUCUCUGGGAGAGGAACCAUCAUCCUGUGGGGGAAAGAAAUGAUGUUCGAGGACGGAGUUAACGGUGGAGAAAGUGUGAGGCAACAAAUGUUCAGCGACAGCGGAGAAUUUAAUGGAAGAGUGGACAAGAAGUAAGGAUUCUGAGACGGAAGCAAAACUUCCUCGCGGAGAGAGGAGAAGGGAGAACAGAUCGCACCCUUACCCCCCGUUGAACAAAAGAGCUUUUCCAGAAACGACAGGAUCAGGCAAAGUGGGUGGAGUGGAACAAAUACUGCGGAGGAGAUUAUACCAGUUUUGCCCCUCCGACUACGUCUACUUCUUCUUCUUUUUGAGUGUGGUUAACAGCCAAAGCGGAGCUGCAGCAAGUCCAGACCCCGCUGCUGCUGCUGCUGCUGCUGCUGCAGCGGCAAGUGGUGGUGCAGGGACUUUUGGAACUGUUGCAGCCCCGGGCUCGGACCCAGCAAUGGUUGGGCCAGGCGGCAACUUUGCUUACAUCGACAGGAAGGCGGCGCAGAUUCCGUCCAAGUAUGAUGGAAAGGACGACGUCGAGGCUUGGAUCAGCUCCAUGCGGUCCUACUUUGAUGUAUUGGGGAUACCCCUGUCCACUCAGUCGUCUAUCCUGGGGACCAAUGUGGAGCCCGUCGUGCGGGGUUUCCUAGAAACCCAGGCUGUCCAAUCAGGCUAUAAGAGAAUAGACUUGAACAAGUGGCUGAAGGCUACGCCUACUACCACACUUGAGGAUCUCUUGAUCAAACAAUAUGCUGAUCCACAUGCUGCAGCUAAAGCAAGACUUAAGCUUGACAAGCUCAAGCACAACAAGUGGACCGGCACCGUGCACAGUCUGCACCAGCACGUUAGUAAACUCUUUGCUACUCCGGAUGUGGAGAUGACUGUGCAGUACGGUCCCCUCUACUUUGAAAGAUCGCUUAGGGCUCGGGCUCAACGGAUAUACAGAUUGGCUUACCCUCAUGCGGGACUUAGUCAAGCUGGAGGCACAAUACCUCCCGGGUGGAUCAAGUGGCAAAAAGGCCACUGGCCGCAAACGGUUUCCAGGCAGCAACCGUUUUGCAGCAUUUGAUCUGCUUGAGGCUGACGAGGAGACCCUCGUAGAAAAAUCUUCUCUUGAUGACGAUCAAGAGCAAGACUGCGGGGCAUCU